GUCUAUGGUUCAGUCUCUGGCAACACUUCACUUGACAUCACAUCACACGCCUGCUAGCUAGCUUGCACUGAACUACUGUAGCUUAAUGACAAUUCUGACAAGUUUAUUCCUAGAAUUGUAACUUUGAAUUUGUUAGAAAUGUAGCUAUAAUUCGCAUAUCGCUUAGCUAUUAGCUAGUGUUACCUAACAUUGAGCUGCUUGAUUACAGUAGUCUUAAGUGGAGCUUGUCAACAAACAAAAAAAAUCUUAGCUAGCUCUUGAAAAACCAUAUUGUGGAGAUUGCCGUUUGUUGUGGUCUCAAACAUUCGUUUUUGUGUCAUCACAUUUACUCUAACUGUCCGGGAGUUUACUAAUAUUUCAGGCGAGUCUGUAAAAGGUAAGACUAGGUUAGCUAUAUAGUCGCAUGACGAGGCCGUUUGCUAAUCUAGCAACCCUACCACUACGUCAUACAUAUCUGCUCGGUAAACAGUGUGUUGAGUCUAUUGAAUAUGUUCUGUAGUGUUGCCGCGAGUCAAGGGGCUUUUCCUUGUGAAAAAAGGGAACUAUCUAUUCCGCUUUCUGUUUCAGUCAUACGAUAAAGCAUUUCAAGAGGCAUUGUAGGCUCACAAUAAUGGAGCACACGGGUUGUGUGAACCUUUGUAGUCUCACUAGCACUCUACCGGUGAUCCCCUAUCAAAAACUGACGGACUUGCACUAUCUUAGCAAAGGUGGUUUCGGAACCGUAUUCAAGGCACAACAUUCUGACUGGCGGACAACCGUAGCAAUUAAGUGCUUGAAGUUGGAUUCUCCCGUUGGCGAAAGGGAGAGGAAUUGCCUGCUGAAGGAAGCAGAGGUGCUCCAUAAGGCCCGUUUCAACUACAUAAUCCAGAUAUUUGGUGUCUGCAAUGAGCCAGAGUUCUUCUGCAUUGUCACAGAGUACAUGAUCAAUGGCUCCCUAGACCAGCUGCUUCAUGAGAAGAGCCUGUAUCCCCUACUUGCCUGGCCUCUGAGACUGCAGAUACUGUAUGAGAUCGCCCUGGGGGUCAACUUCCUACACAACAUGACCCCACCUCUCUUGCACCACGACCUGAAGACGCAAAAUAUCCUCUUGGAUGGGGAGUUUCACGUCAAGAUUGCAGACUUUGGCCUCUCCAAGUGGCGCCAGCUGUCCAUCAGUAAGUGCUCCGGGUCCAAACCCCCAGAGAUGGGCGGCACCGUGAUCUACAUGCCCCCCGAGAGUUACGAACCCUCCCGGAGUCGACGGGCGGAUGUCAAGCACGACAUGUACAGUUAUGCAAUCAUCAUGUGGGAGGUGCUGUCGAGGCGAAUACCAUUUGAAGACGCCACCAACCCCAUGCAGAUCAUGUUCAGCGUUCUGCGAGGCUCCCGUCCGGACACGGGGCUGGACUACCUGCCAGAGGACAUCCCCAGCAGGGACACCCUCAUCAACCUCCUGACCAGCGGCUGGUCCGCUAACCCAGACGAGCGGCCCUCCUUCCUCCAGUGUCUGAUUGACCUGGAGCCCAUGCUGAGGAGGUUUGAUGAGGUCAGUGUGCUGGAGGCCGUCCUGGAGGUUAAGAGGUCAAAGAUGAGGAGGGCGAGCUGCUACUCGGCCAUGCAGCUACCCGUGUGUGAGCACAGGAGGGAUGAAGAGAAGUCUCUGAAGGUUCUCAACCCUAGUCCCUGGCCUGAGAGUUCCACCUCUGGGUCAGGGUCCUGCUCCUCCCAGGAGGCCGACAUGUCCCAGCCCGGGUGUCUCACCAGCAGCAAUGUCCUGCCUUCCAAAGACAUGUCCCCGUCCUCAUUCAUGCCUGUCCCCCUGGAGCACCCUCUGCCUCUGAAGGACCACAGCUUGGACAACAAACUCAACAACUACUCCCAGAGUGCCAGGCCCAUGAACAACUUCAACAUCCCCCUCCAGCCGGGCCUGCCCGUCACAGAGUGUGAGACCCAUCUGGAUAACCUAACCCUCAGGCCCCAGGAAAAGGCCCAGCCUCAAGACGCUUCUCCCCCAUUGGACCCCUCCGCCCCCACACUGGGUCCCAUCGCCGGCUGGCUGGCAGCGCAGCGGGAGGAGAUUGUGCUGCAGAUGACGGAGGCUUGCCUGAACCAGAGCCUGGACGCCCUGCUGGCUCGCUCGCUGCUGAUGCGCGAGGACUACGAGCUGGUGGUCAACCGGCCCACCCGCACCGCCAAGGUCCGCCAGCUGCUGGACACGUGCCACCGCCACAGCGAGGAGUUCUGCCGCGUGGUCGUCCGCAAGCUGCAGGAGAACAUGCAGCUGGGCCUGAAGCCGUACCCCUCUGAACUCAGCUCCCCCACGGCCACAGCGCAGCCCACCGCCCCGCCGUGCCAGUACGCCAAGAACACGUUCUAGGGUUGGCCCACGCGCAAGCACAGAGAGACCAGUGUGUGUGUGUGUGUGUGUGUGUGUGUGUGUGUGUGUGUGUGUGUAGGUGUGUGUGCGCAGGUGUGUGUGUGUGCGCGCACGCGCUCUGCGAGUCCGUUUGGGGCUGACUCAGAGCUCAAGACAGUGGGAGGGUCAGACCUAAUUGUGGUCGCCACGGUCGCCCUGUGCCGUGGAUCCUGCUGUGUGGGUAGAGUGGAUGGUGAACCCAUCCAGUGCAUGCACGCGUAAAAAGGAUGAGGGUAGAUGGAUAGACAGGCUGGUUUGACCAUGUCGUGUUGACGGAGAUAGCCGACGAGCAUGGCAGAAGCAUUUCUCAAUUUUUUGAUAUAGUUGAUUAGGUCACAGUCCUUCAGUGUGUUUCAAAUGAUGUCUCACCAUGAUUUAGAUCCACGAGUUAAGUUGGUGUUCAAUAAAUUAGGCUACUAUGUCACUUUACCAUAUCUAAUCUGCUCUGAAAAGCAUGUUUAAGGGAGAUUUGUUCGAUUAAGUAUUUUUGGGGCUCUCAGUCAUUUACUGAUAUACUGGGAUGUAGCCUCCAAUGUAGAAAUAUACUCAAUGGAUUUGAGUGUACUAGAUGUAGCUUGGGACUGUCUUGGCUGUUUGCUUCAAGUACAUGUCCACAAAAUAAGUUCAACUCUACUGUUAGCAGCAUUGAUGGUGCAAUGGUUAAAAAAAAACAGGCAACGGAACUCAAAUAUUUACGUUUAGACUGUAUCUGUUGUCGGGUAUACAAAGCAGUUUACGUAGCUCUGUCCAGACUGUAGCACUGUAGUUCUAAAUGUUGUGGAUUGUGUUGCAGAUAUGUUCUACCAGAGGCUGAGGUCAUAGUUGUAUAUGCAUGUUUACAGUAUCUGUUGUUGGCCUUGUGAGCUUCUCUGGCUACACAUGGAAUGGAAUGGACCGGGCUUCAAGCUCAAACUUGGAGCUAAAUAUAGGCUCCUCAUGGUAACCUGCUCAAAUAGAAAGCUUUGAUUGUCUAUUUUGACAUUGUAGUUAGUUCUACAGACAAACGACAAGCAGGAUGAGCUAUUCUGGCUGUAAAGUCUGUUCCAGUACCUUCCAUCAGCUGUGGAGGACCUCAGCUGUGUUCCUCGAUCAUGACUGUUAUGAUGGCUUCCCCUGCCCGAGAGGAAUGUCUGUGUCCAGACCACACAUCCCUCCCUGACCACACAUCCCUCCCAGACCACACAUCCCUCCCUGACCACACAUCCCUCCCAGACCACACAUCCCUCCCUGACCACACAUCCCUCCCAGACCACACAUCCCUCACAGACCACACAUCCCUGUCCCUCAACUGCCAAAAACAAGCUGCACCAGAGUUUUCCUCCUGAAAAACGGUCCAUUCCGUUUACAGCCUCACUGUCUCUCCAUUAGUGUUGUGUGCAUGCAGUGUCUCUGUGGAGAAAACCCAGUCAAAACUCCCACCAGAGCUAGGUGUUUUUUAAGAGGCCUUAUUGUCAUCACUGCACUUCCUCAAAUGGUCAUGAAUUAACAGUACUGGAGAACCAGGAGGUUUUAAUGACUCAUUAUAAAUAUAUUUUUUUGUGACCCUAAAAUGACCACGAUUAGAUAGAUCUUUGACCUUUGCAUAAGAGGGUUUGACUAAAGCCUACAGAGAUCCAGAUUUUGUAUCCAUUCCUUAAUUUUUUGUAACAUUUUAUUUUUUUAUUUUUUUUGUACCUAUUAAAGUUAAAAUCCGCAAUGAGUUCCUGCAGAGACUGGUGUGAUGUAGGAUGAGCUAGAAGGUUCAAAAUGCUUCCAAAUUCUUCUUGACACAACGGCCUUCUCAUUGAUACGGUUUCUUUGUUUUUCUUUGUUUUGUUUUUUACAUAGACACCAUGGUAUCAUAUUUGCACAUAUUUACAGUAGCUGUUAUUGAAAGUGUUAGAUUUUGGAUUUCUAUUAAAACGUAUCUGUAGGCCUAAAAUUAUGGUUAUUAAUGGUAGAAUAUGGAAUAUCUCGAGUUAAACUUCUGUUUCAUGGAUCAACCUCAAUCUGUUGAAUAAAACAAUAACAGGUG